AUGAACAUAUAUGAUGAUAUCUUAGAGCCAUCUGUGGUAUCCCACAGCUUAACAGGUUAUUUCACGACGACCAAAUAUAAACAAUUACUGGUAUUAAAAACCAACAUCUUAACUGUAUUUAACUAUACUGGUGAUUCUAUUACAUUAGAACAUGAAUUCAAAUUUAACGGUAAAAUUACUGAUAUGGCAGUAAUACACCCGUCUAGAUUUAACAACAACAACAAUAACAACAAUAAUAGUAGUAACAAGAAGAAAAAAAUCGAGGAAUCAUUAGAUUAUUUACUUCUUUGUAUUGGUUUGGCUAAAUUCUCCAUAUUAAAAUUUGACCCAACCCAUAAUUGUUUGAACACAAUUAGUUUACAUUAUUAUGAAAAUAAAUUUAUGAAAUCAUCUAUAAUGGAAUUAGCGAAAAAAUCUCAAUUAAGGAUAGAUCCUCUGAAUAAAUGUGUUCUAUUAUUUAAUAAUGAUAACAUCGCCAUUUUACCGAUCCUUCUCAAUCUAAGGGAUGAUGAAGACGAUGACGAUGAUUAUGAAGACGAUCAAGAAGAAAAUAAAAAUAGUAUAAUUAUAGAUGGUCCCAUCAAAAAGAGAGCAAAGAUAGACAACAACAACAACCACGCCAGUAAUAACCACAUAACAAAUGCAUAUGACACUAUAAAUCCUCCUACCGGUCCAAGUGCAAUUUUUCAAGCUAAAUAUUUAGAUUCAGAUAUACAAAACGUCAUAGAUAUUCAAUUUUUAAGUAAUUUUACAAAACCAACUAUAAUGAUAAUAUAUCAGCCAAAAUUAGUCUGGGUAGGUAAUGAAAAAUUAAAUCCAUUACCAACUAAAUUGGCUAUAAUUAAUAUUGAUUUGAAAAUUAAUGGGAAGAAAACAGUUGUUGAACCAACAAUAAUAUCUAAAUUGGAUGGGUUGGAUUGGGGAUAUCACUCUUUACUUCCGAUAACUAAUGGAUCUUUACUUAUAGGUAAUAAUCAUUUAGCAUAUAUUGAUAAUACUGGGAUCAUUCAAAACGUUAUAUUAUUAAAUUCAUUUGCUGAUAAAAAUUGGAAGAAAACUAAGGUUAUUGAUAAUUCAAAUUUAGAAAUUACAUUUAAUAAAUCUGCCUUUAAAUAUCUUUGGUCGCCACCAAUAUUGAAUUCAAAUAAUAUGGGAAAUGUAACAAGUUUAUACAGUAACACCACUAAUAAUAAAGAAGUUGGAGGUUUAACUGAUGCUGAUAAUAAGGAGUUGAUAUUGUUAAUAGAUGAAAAUGUUAAUUUUUAUUAUGUCCAAAUGGAAUUUGAGGGUAGAUUAUUAUCUAAAUUCGAUAUAUUCAAUCUCCCAAUUGUUAAUGAUAUAUUUAUCAAUAAUAAAGAUCCCACUUGUGUCACAAGGGUAGACACUUUAAACAAUAACUCUACUAUAGAUUUAUUUAUUGGAUUUCAAACUGGUGAUUCAUUAAUUGUUAAGCUGAAUAAUAUAAAAUCUACUUUAACUACAAGGGAUGAGCAUAUUAUUGAACCUGAUGAUACACAAUUAGAGAAUUACCUAAAUGAUAGUAAUCAGAAUGAGGAUGAUGAAGAUGAUGACAUGGAUGAUCUAUAUUCAGAUGAUAAUGUUACUACUGAGAAUAAAGAACAUAACUUAGAAACACAAAAUGAUAUUGUUUAUUCGGACAAUAAAGAUACAAAAGAAAUGAUACAAGUAGUAGAACCAUUCAAUAUAGAAGUGAUUACAAAUUUUAAUAACAUUGGUCCUAUCACAUCAAUGUCAUUUGGAAAAGUAACCUCUAUAGAGAAGACUAUCAAAGGUUUAGUUAAUCCAAAUCAAAAUGAACAUUCAUUGGUCACUACAUCAGGAAAUGGAACGGGAUCUCAUUUAACUUCUAUCUUAUUCAGUGUCCAACCAAUAAUUGAACAAGCUUUAAAAUUUAUUAGUGUAACUCAAAUUUGGAACCUUAAAUUUAGAAAUAAAGAUAAAUACUUAAUUACUACGGAUUUUACUAAAUCAAAAAGUGAUAUAUAUGAAAUUGAUAACAAUUUUGCACUUUAUAAAGGAGGCCGUCUAAGAAGAGACGCUACUACAGUUUAUAUAUCGAUGUUUGGUGAUGGUAAAAGAAUAGUUCAAGUAACAACAAAUCACUUAUAUUUAUUUGACUUAACUUUUAGACGGUUGACUACCAUUAAGUUUGACUAUGAAGUUGUUCACGUUUCUGUUAUGGACCCAUAUGUAUUGGUUACUUUGUCAAGAGGUGAUAUUAACAUUUUUGAAUUAGAUACAAGAAGUAAGAGAAAACUUUUUAGAGUACCGUUACCUGAUAUUUUAAAAGAAAUGGUUAUUACGUCAGGGUUGAUUGUAAAGAGUAAUAUGUGCAAUGACUUUUUUGCAAAUUUACCGAACCCUGACGCAGAACAGAUGUUAUUUACUUUUGUAACUGCAGAUAAUCAAAUUAUUUGUUUUAUUAAAGAACAUAGUAACCGUAUUUUCCAAUUAAACGGUGUUAGUGAACUGAAUGAGGAGCUUUAUAUUAGUACAUAUAUGUUACCUGAUGAAAUUGUGCCAGACCCUUCCAUCAAACAAAUAAUGAUUAAUAAAUUGGGAAAAGAUAACAAAGAAGAGUAUUUGACAAUUUUAACCUUUGGUGGUGAAAUUUAUCAGUACAAGAAAUCGUCAACAAGAUAUAAUAGGUUCUAUAAAGGAUUUUCUAGGAACAACCUAGCUGUUACAGGUGCUCCAGAUAAUGCUUAUGCAAAGGGUGUUAGUCAAAUAGAAAGAAUAAUGCAUUACAUUUCAAAUUACAAUGGAUUUUCUGUUAUUUUUGUUACUGGUACAGUUCCAUAUAUUAUUAUUAAAGAAGACUAUUCUGUUCCCAGGAUCUUUAAAUUUGCUAAUAUUCCAUUGGUAUCAAUGACAUCAUGGGGUAAACAAUCCAUUAUGUGUGUCGAUGAUAUUAAAAAUGCAAGAGUAUAUACAUUAGAUGUUAAUAAUAUCUAUUAUGGAAAUAUGUUACCAUUAAAAAAAAUUAAUAUAAAUACUACGUUGGAUAAUUAUAUGACUUUGACUAAUAUUACAUAUCAUGAAAAAUCUGAAACAUUUAUUGUCUCAUACUCUAAGGAAAUAGAAUUUGUAGCAGUAGGUGAAGAUAAUGUAAAGAUUACUGUCGGUACUCUAGAAAAUGUCUCUCAUGCAAAGAGUUUUAAAAGUGGUAUUUUGUUAAUUAACCCUAGGACAUGGAAUGUGAUUGAUCAAGUAGAAUAUGAUAAUAACACAUUAGUCAGUGAUGUUAAAACAAUGCUAAUACAAUUAGAUUCUAAAACCAAAAGAAAAAUUGAAUAUGUCGUUGUUGGGAUAACCAAUGUUACAAGUGAGGAUAUGCCUGCGUCUGGUGCAUUUUUCAUAUAUGAUGUUAUUAGUGUGGUACCUGAACCUGGCAAACCUGAUACUGUGUUUAAAUUCAAACAAUUUUUCAAAGAAGAUGUAAAAUCUGCUGUUACAAAAGUAUGUGAUAUGAGUGGUCGGUUUGUAGUUAGUCAAAGCCAAAAGUUGAUGGUAAGAGAUGCACAAGAAGAUAAUUCUGUUGUUCCAGUUGCCUUCCUUGAUGUUCCUUUAUAUGUAACCGAUAUAAAAAGUUUUAGUAAUCUCCUUUUGGUAGGGGAUGCCAUGCAAGGUAUCCAAUUUGUUGGGUUUGAUGCAGAACCCUAUAGAAUGAUAUCAUUAGGUAAAAGUAUCUCUAAACUAAAAACGAUGUCUUUAGAAUUUUUGGUAAAUCAUGGUGACCUAUAUUUUGCAGUAUCAGAUAGAGAUGAUAUUUUGCAUAUAUUAAAAUAUGCACCCGACGAACCCAACUCUCUCUCGGGUCAAAGAUUGAUACAUUGCUCCAGUUUUAAUAUAUAUUCAACUAAUACUUGCAUGAUACUGACGCCCAAAAAUGAGGAAUUUAAUGAGAACGAACAGAAAUCAAAUUCAUAUCUGGCAUACCAAGCUUUGGGUGCACAAACAGAUGGAUCAAUAUUUAAAGUUGUUCCAUUGAAAGAAGAUUCUUACAGACGAUUGUAUUUUGUUCAUAAACAAUUGUGUGAUAAAGAAACACCACUAGGUGGUAUAAAUGUUAGAAUGGAAAGACAGAACAAUGAAUUUCUAAAAAUAACACGUAAUUUAAGGCCUAUGUUAGAUGGAAAUGUUAUCAGAAAAUACACAAUGUUGCCAAUUGCAAAAAGGAAAAACAUAGCCAGGAGACUAGGAAGAAAUGCACAUUUUGAUAUUUGGAGAGAAAUAAUUGAUCUUGAAUUUUCACUAAGAACUCUUUCUCAAUAG